UGUAUCUUCGGUUUCCAGAUUCCGUCUCCCCGUUUUGACGAAACAUGGGCUACAUGACAGUGAGGAUGCCAUUUGGAACACCCGUAUAAAAUGGCGGAUUUGCCCACAAUCGUGGCGUGUGCUCUCUCUCCUCUGAUACUGCAGAGGCGAGCUGUGCUGGGCGGGAGCUUACUUGGCGAGAUGAAGAGGAGGCAUUGGAGCCACCCGUCGUGCGGCCUCCUCCUGCUCGUCGCCGUCUUCUGCCUUCUCCUCGUCUUCCGCUGCUCCCAGCUGCGCCAUUCCGGCGAUGGCGCCGCGGCCGCCGCGCCGGAUGGUGGUGCGGGACGGAACGAUGGUGAUGACGUUGACGAGAGGCUUGUGGAGCUCGCGGCCGUGGACCCGGCGGCGAUGGCGGUGCUGCAGGCGGCAAAGAGGCUGCUCGAAGGGAACCUGGCGAGGGCGCCGGAGAGGCACCGCGACGUCGCGCUCCGGGGGCUGAGGGAGUGGGUCGGCAAGCAGGAGCGGUUCGACCCCGGCGUGAUGUCCGAGCUCGUGGAACUCAUCAAGCGCCCCAUCGAUCGGUACAACGGCGACGGUGGUGGCGGCGGCGAGGGGGAGGGCCGGAGGUACGCGUCUUGCGCGGUGGUCGGGAACAGCGGGAUCCUGCUGGCGGCGGAGCACGGCGAGCUCAUCGACGGGCACGAGCUCGUGGUCCGCCUCAACAACGCGCCGGCGGGGGACGGUCGGUACGCGCGCCACGUCGGCGCGAGGACCGGCCUCGCGUUCCUCAACAGCAACGUGCUGAGCCAGUGCGCCGUCCCGCGCCGCGGCGCCUGCUUCUGCCGCGCCUACGGCGAGGGCGUGCCCAUCCUGACGUACAUGUGCAACGCCGCGCACUUCGUCGAGCACGCCGUGUGCAACAACGCCUCCUCCUCCUCGUCGGGCGCCGCCGACGCCACCGCGGCGGCGCCGGUGAUCGUGACGGACCCGAGGCUGGACGCGCUGUGCGCGCGGAUCGUCAAGUACUACUCGCUGCGGCGGUUCGCGCGGGAGACGGGGCGGCCGGCGGAGGAGUGGGCGCGGCGGCACGAGGAAGGCAUGUUCCACUACUCGUCGGGGAUGCAGGCGGUGGUGGCCGCGGCGGGCGUGUGCGACCGCGUGUCGGUGUUCGGGUUCGGCAAGGACGCGUCGGCGCGGCACCACUACCACACGCUGCAACGGCGCGAGCUGGACCUUCACGACUACGAGGCGGAGUACGAGUUCUACCGUGACCUCGAGUCGCGGCCCGAGGCGAUACCCUUCCUGCGCCAACGCAACUCCGGCUUCCGCCUGCCGCCCGUGUCGUUCUACCGCUGACACGCCACGCACGCAACCCCGCAAACGCAUAGCAUGCAUAAAAUUCUUUUUUGUAAUUAGAUACGUGUUUUAGUCAUUGCAACAAAGCGAAGCAAACGUAAACAACAAUCCGUGAACAUUUGGGUCGUGAACUCGUGAUCAGCUCGCUAAUCUUUUGCCGUGCUUUGGCUGCAA